CAUGCAAAUUAAAUGACGUGGAAAGCAGUGCAAGCAAACAAGUCUUCAACAUGAGGAAAAAUGAUGGAGAGCUUUUGGUAGAGAAAGGAUCCUUUCAUGCAACUCAACAGGAACUCCGUGCUUUGGAAGAUCAAAAUUGGAUUGGGAGUCCCGUUGUUAAUGUCUUCGGGCAAAUGCUAAUGCUAGAACAAAAAAAACUAAUUGAAACUAUAUCUCGCCACCAUUUUCCCACAUACUUUGGGGAAAAGAUUGCUAAAGGAAGCACCAAGGGAAUACAAGAUUUAGAAUGUUUUUAUUCAUUGGAGAAACUACACUAUAACUUGACUCAAUGUGAACUGCUUUUCAUCCCCAUAUGCUUGGAUAAACAUUGGUUUUUGUACGUGAUAAAUUUGAAGGAUCAAAGAUUACAUAUUUUGGAUUCCAUGCGAGGAGAAAACACUCCUCAUCAACACAUGACAACAAAGAUAGUGGACACAUGCGAGAGGAUAUUAACCUUGCUAAAUGAGGGGAAGAUGAUUUCAAUUUCUAAAUGGAGUCUAGAUCGGCCUCAACUUCCAUUACAAGCAAACUCGCAUGAUUGCGGUGUCUUCAUGUUGAAGUUUAUGGACUGUUGGAACGGGAAAUUGACUGAAAAUUUCUCACAGGAUGACAUUGUAUUUUUCCGAAAGAAGAUUCAAGAAGACUUGAUGCUAUUCUCCAGGAAUAAUGCUAAAAAGAAAACUUCAAUAAAGUAUUAACCAAAGGCACG